ACCACCCGGAUACCGUCUCCGAACAGGCGACACCUGACUUCACCUCCGACAGCGUCAGCUAUUCCGGCGCUUUCUUCGUCUUUUAAUUACCCUCACAAAAGUUUAUUUGCGCUUGUCUCCUCCGACACACAUUGACACGGAGUCAGCUCGAGUCGUCCUCUGAAGGAGAAUGUCAGAUUUCGACAGCAACCCGUUCGCUGACCCGAACGCAAGCAACCCGUUUCAGGAUCCGUCGGUGACACAAGUGAGAGCUGCGGCUCCCCCGGGCUUAGAGGAGUAUAAUCCCUUCACAGAGGUCAAACCGGCGCCUGCAGGGAUGGCGCCGAAGACCGGGGGCACUGCGGCCAACGUGCAGCCCGCCAUCAUGAAGCCCACAGAGGAGCCUCCGGCCUACUCGCAGGCUCAGCCCCAGCCUCAGCAGCAGACGCGAGCGGCCGCCGAGCUGCUGAAGAGGCAGGAGGAGCUGGAGAAGAAGGCCGCCGAGCUGGACCGCCGGGAGAGGGAGAUGCAGUCGCUCAGCGCUUCAGGAGGCAGGAAAAACAACUGGCCCCCCCUGCCGGAGCAGUUCCCCGUGGGCCCCUGUUUCUACCACGACAUCACCGUGGACAUCCCCGUAGAGUUCCAGAAGACGGUCAAAAUCAUGUACUACCUCUGGAUGUUUCACGCCGGGACGCUGCUGGCGAACCUGAUCGGCUGCCUGGCCUGGUUCUGCAUCGACGCCGCCCGCGGCGUGGACUUCGGCCUCGCCAUCCUCUGGCUGCUGCUCUUCACGCCGUGUUCCUUCGUCUGCUGGUACCGGCCGCUCUACGGGGCCUUCAGGAGCGACAGCUCCUUCAGAUUCUUCAUUUUCUUCUUCGUCUACAUCUGUCAGUUCGGCAUCUACGUCAUCCAGUGCAUCGGCAUCUCCGGCUGGGGAGCCAGCGGGUGGAUCUCGGCUCUGACGGCCCUGAACAGAAGCGUCCCGGUGGGAAUCAUCAUGAUCAUGGUGGCUGCUCUCUUCACCUCGCUGGCCGUCAUGUCCCUCAUCAUGUUCAAGAAGGUCCACGCCAUGUACCGCACCACGGGCGCCAGCUUCGAGAAGGCGCAGCAGGAGUUCGCCACGGGCGUCAUGUCCAACAAGACGGUCCAGACGGCCGCCGCGAACGCCGCCUCCAGGGCCGCGCAGGAAUCCUUCAAGGAGCAGAUCUGAUCUUGCCCACCCUCUCUCUCUCUCUCUCUCUCUCUCUCUCUCCGUCCAGCCUUUCUUCAUGCCUCCUCUCCAGAAACGAUCUUCUGGGACGUUCUCUCAGCUCCUCUUACUUUCUGUGUGUGUGUGUGUGAGUUUGGCCAAGUACAUGAAUGUGUGCCUUUUCUAAACGUGGCCUGCAUGUCCCGCUGCAGACGGAUUGUAACGUAGCCGGGCGGGUCGUCUGUCUCUGGCUCCAUAAACCACUUCGGGCGUUUCUUGUGCGCGAGUCGAGUCUUCUGCGUCUGAGCCUUCAUUCGAUCCCCCAACCUCAUCCCCACUCCUUCGUUUUAAUCCUAAUUUAUUACACUAGAAAUGUAAGUCGACUUCUCAGGUCAUGCACGUGUAGCAGGACUGCAUGACUUUACACUACUGCCCCCUGGUGGAGGAUUGUUGUAUUGCUAAAGAUGAAUGCUGUGCAUUCCACUUCACUGCCUCCUUGCCUUCUACCUUUUUUUUUUUUUUUUUUUCUUGCUUGGUUAAAAUUGGGUUUUAGAAAAGUACACAAAAAAAAAAUCUCCAAAUGAUGAAUCCUGCUGUUUUUCGGGCGUUAUGUGAUGUUUUCUUGAGCCUCGCCACCAGAUUCCUGCGGUUUAAAAAAAGACAGUCCCAAACUGUGGCUGGAUCUAAUCAAAUUAAACAUGUUUAUUGUUCCCAAAAUCACACCGAGCUGCACUUUAAAUCCAGCUAUUUGUUUUUGUCAAUAUCAGGAAAAUCUCUCAUCGCCUUCCUGCUCUUCAGCAAAUAUAGUUCAUUCAUAUUUACUCGUAUACACACACACACACACACCAGCCGAGUUCUGCUUCGUUUCCACACACAGCCUGCCUUUUUGUGUCUUCUCCUCAGCGUGACGUGACGGAACGGCGCUAAACCAUGAGCGAUCCACUACAUACAGACGCAUGUUUAUACAGGUCAAAGUACGUAAGUUGUUUCCGGCUUUUGUCAGUGCUGGAGAUUUACCUCAGCUUCUACUCAGGACACACUAGCUCACGUGACGAGGUUCAAUUAAGGUUGUGAAAGAACAUAUCCUGCAGCGUCUGGCUGUCCCCGCUUUUAAGAACAAGAUAAAGAUGAACUGACUACAAGAAGUUAAUAAUGAAUUAUUCUGCUUGUAUAUUUGGUCGUUUACCAAAAACUGUAGGUUGAUCAUCGCUGAACUCCUGUAAAAUGUUUUUUUUUUUUCUUUAAACGAUCAGAUUUGAAGUAUUUUCACCGCUUGAACCGUCUUUGAAUGCAUCUCUUUGUUUUCAGGCCGCAGAGAGGUUUCGGUUUCUGUCUGAAUGAGUCUCGCGCUGAAGCCGGUUUGGCCUUUUGUGUCGUGCGCAAAUGUUCAUAGAAGGAAUUUUAGCCUUUAAAGUCUUAAUCUGUGUGCAGAGCAGAGUCUGGGAUCCUUCUGCAACGCGCCUCGGUUUAACUCUCUAUACUUGUAUUUCUUUCCCCGCUCACGCCGGUGCAGUUUGCACGCUUAAUUCCAGUUCCAUGCACGGCAGCAUGACAUUCUGUCUGAGAAAGAAUCAAUCACACUGACGUCGCUGCUGUUGUUUUAGACUGAAAUGAUUGAAAUGAAGACGAGGCGUGGGGCAAUGUGAACCGUCGGGCGCAUUUCUGACAAACCGUGGCUUUACAAUCACGUGGUAGAAACACACUGGAAAUUCCAAUGAGUCGCUCAUGCACAUCUCUCAUGAUUAAAUUUUGAUUGAAUUAUCAAGGAAAAAUAUAUAUUAAGGGAUGUUUGUAUAUUUUGUACGAUUUACAGAUGGUUGGAUAUUUGGUCAAAAUCUUUUUCUUUUUUUUUCGGUGUAGUUUUACGAUGCACUCUGGGUUCACUACAGAAGCAUGUUGAGCAGUUUCAGUUUUGUAUAUUUAUUAUAUUAACACUAAAUAAAGUUCUUCUUCC